UUUCCGACAUGAUGGCGUAGCGAUGCGGGUAAACGGAGGACUGUACUGGAGGGUACGGAGAACUUCAGAAGCCGAGCCUGGCGGAGUUUUCUGUUGUUAAAAUAAAAGGGAAGCCUUGAGGGACAGCCGUAGCAGAGGAAACAAACUAACGGAAUUCCUAUUUUUCCUCCGAGUGAAGUUUCGGUUUACAAGUGACUGAAGAUGAUGUCUGAUGCCAGCGACAUGUUGGCGGCUGCCCUGGAGCAGAUGGACGGCAUUAUCGCAGGCUCAAAGGCUCUGGACUACUCCAACGGUUUAUUUGACUGCCAGUCGCCCACGUCUCCUUUCAUGGGUAGUUUGCGCGCGCUUCACCUUUUGGAAGACCUGAGGGGCGUCCUGGAGUUGAUGGACACCGAGGAAAGGGAGAGUCUACGCUGUCAGAUCCCCGACUCCACAGCCGACAGCCUGGUGGAGUGGCUCCACAGUCACAUGACCAACGGGCACAUUUCUCUGAGUGGAGGGGAUCACUACCAGGAAAGGCUUUCCCGACUAGAGAGUGAUAAAGAGUCGUUGGUGCUCCAGGUGAGUGUGCUGACAGACCAGGUGGAAGCUCAGGGGGAAAAGAUUCGAGAUCUGGACUUGUGCUUGGAUGAGCACAGGGAGAAACUUAAUGCCACAGAAGAGAUGCUGCAACAGGAGCUUCUGUGCAGAAGUGCACUGGAGAGCCAGAAGGUGGAACUCAUGUCUGAAGUGUCAAACCUAAAGCUGAAGCUCAACUCCAUGGAGAAGGAGAGACUGCAUCUUGAUGACAGAUUUAGGGACAGUGAGGACUUGAUUCUUGAAAUUAAUGAACUGCGGUACAGACUGACAGACCUGGAGGGUGAAAAACUACAGUACGAAAAGAAACUUAAAUCCACCAAGGAGGAGCUUGCCAUGCUGAGGAGGCAGCUGGAGGGCAAAGAUGGAGAGAUGAGGAGAGUGCAGGAUGAAACAGGCUUUAAAGCCGUAGCCUCCAGCAGCACGGAUCCUACAGAGCGAGUUUCUCAUCCAGAUGAAACUCUUAGAAAGAGGCUGAAAGAAAAACAUGUGGAAGUGCAGAGAAUGAAAAAGGCAGUCGAGUCGCUGAUGGCAGCAAAUGAUGAAAAGGAUCGUAAAAUUGAAGAACUGAAGCAGUCACUUCUGCGAUACAAGAAAGUUCAAGACAUGGUGAUGUCGGUGCAGGGAAAGAAAGAGAAAACCAAAGAAAAUGACUUUGAGAGUCCCAGUGACGGAUUCCCAGCAUUCCCAUCUCCUGUUGCUGCGUCUGUGGAGUUGGAAAAGCACGACGUUACAGAUGUUGAACAUCUAAAAAGAAAAAGCCCAGAUGAGAUCUCUCCUGAUCAGCUGGAGAGUCUCAACGGACUGAGUGAAGAGCCGUCUCCUUCACCAAGCCCCUCUGAUCCAGAACGAAUAUCACAGUCUGCAGCAGCAGAUUUAGAAAGCCAAGACAGCAACAAGACUGGGAGCCACACACAUCUGGAUGGGAGCAAUAAUGAGAAGAGCGCCAGUGAAGAGAUCAGUACCCUGAGUGAAAAGCCUCCCAUGAGUCCCUCUGCCACGCUGCCCGCCACCUCAGAGGAUGACAGCUUUGGCUCCAGGAAGGCUCGUUCAUCCUUUGGAAAGGGCUUCUUCAAAAUCCGUGGGGGCAAGAAGCCAUCCGGUGCCCCUAACCUCGACCGCAGCAGGAGUGCGAGUGCGCCUAUGCUAGCUGAAACAGAGCGCCAGGGCACCGACCAUCUAGAUUUGGCCGGGAUGCCGCAGAGGUCAGCGAACAGCGACAGCACACACACACUCCCCACUACUCCAGAGAGCAGGAAGAAAUCCAAAGGAAUAAAGAAACUUUUUGGGAAGCUAAAAAGGAGCCAAUCCACAACAUUCAACUUGGAUGAUAAUCUACCAGAGGGAGAGUUCAAGCGGGGCGGAGUGCGUGCCACAGCAGGACCCAGAUUGGGAUGGUCUCGUGAUCUCCAGCGAGCCAACAACGACGUAGAUGCUCCGUUUGCUCGUUGGUCAAAGGACCAGGUUUGUGGCUGGCUGCAGGACCAGGGUCUGGGCCUGUACCUGAACAUGGCUCGUGUGUGGGUGUCUUCUGGACAGACGCUGCUGCAGGCCUCGCAGCAGGACCUGGAGAGGGAGCUGGGCAUCAAGCAUCCGCUGCACAGGAAGAAGCUGCAGCUGGCUCUGCAGGCCCUCGGCUCCGAGGAGGAGGACAACAAGGGAAAGCUGGACUACAACUGGGUGACCAGAUGGCUGGAUGACAUCGGCCUGCCUCAGUAUAAAACCCAGUUCGAUGAGGGGAGGGUGGACGGUCGCAUGUUGCACUACAUGACAGUGGAUGACCUGCUUUCUCUGAAGGUGGGGAGUGUCCUGCAUCACCUGAGCAUCAAAAGAGCCAUUCAGGUUCUCCGACUCAACAACUAUGAGCCAAACUGUUUGCGACGAAGGCCAUCAGACGAGAACAAUAUUUCUCCCGCAGAGAUUUCCCAGUGGACGAACCACAGGGUGAUGGAGUGGCUGCGCUCUGUGGACCUCGCUGAAUAUGCGCCCAACCUGCGAGGCAGCGGCGUGCACGGAGGCUUGAUGGUUCUGGAGCCGCGCUUCAACGUGGAGACCAUGGCGUUGUUGUUGAACAUCCCCCCAAACAAAACUCUGCUCCGUCGUCACCUGGCCACGCAUUUCAACCUGCUCAUCGGCUCAGAGGCACAGCAGCUUAAACAGGAGUGUCUUGAGAACCCAGACUACACUUUGCUUACCGCCACCACUAAAGUCAAGCCAAAGAAGCUGUCCUUCGGGAACUUUGGAAGGAAGAAAAAGCAGGAUGAGAAUGAGGAGUACGUGUGUCCGAUGGAUGUGGAGAUGCCAAAAGGACGAAGCUUCCAGAAAGGUUUUGAGCUUCAGAUCUAUGAAGACGACCUCGACAGACUGGAACAGAUGGAUGAUUCUGAAGGAACUGUGAGGCAGAUCGGCGCUUUCUCUGAGGGCAUCCAGAACCUGACGAGCAUGCUGAAGGAUGAUGAGUUCUUCAAAGAGAUUUCUACUUCGCCGAACCCCAGCGUCACAGACGAGGACUCCAACGCAUGAGAGCUCCGGCUCCAGACCUGCUCCUGCUGCCAACGGAACUCUGUGCCAACCACCUC